AUGGGCAUUGCUCAUAAUCACCAUGCACUUACGACAUUGCUCUUCUUCCCCUGUGUUCUGUUGAUCAUCGCCGUGCCACCCACCGGCUCCGUCUCCGACGGGGAGGCGCUGCUGAAAGUCAAGAAAUCGUUGAACAAUGCGGCGGCUCUGGAUUCUUGGCACGCCGGCACGGAUCCCUGCGACAAGAGGAAUCUGUGGAUCGGCGUUAUUUGCGUGAACGAUAUGGUCACCGGGCUUCGCCUCGGCGGGAUGGGGCUGUCGGGGAAGAUAGACGUGGAAGCCUUGUCCCAAAUGCACGGCCUCAGAACUCUCACAAUCAUGCACAAUUCCUUCGCCGGACCCAUUCCGGAGUUCAACCAAAUCGGCGCGCUCAAGGCGCUCUACAUCUCCAAAAACCAAUUCUCCGGCGAGAUUCCGCCGGAUUCCUUCGCCAAGAUGAGGUCCCUGAAGAAAGUAUGGCUCUCAGACAACAAAUUCACCGGCAAGAUCCCUCCCUCCCUCACCAGAUUACCUCGCAUCAUGGAACUGCACCUCGAAAACAAUCGUUUCUCCGGCAAAAUUCCGGAAUUCAAACAGAAAACCUUGUCUGCAAUCGAGCUUGCAAAUAACAACCUCCAAGGGGAAAUCCCGCCCAGCUUGUCAAGAUUCAACGAUUCAUCCUUCAAAGGAAAUCCCGGUCUUUGCGGCGCAAAGAUCGGAAAACCCUGCAAACCACGGUCACAAUCUUCUCCUCCUCCGAUUCCGGGUAACGGUCACGGCAGCAUCAUUACCAACGAUAGUAAGAACAGAAAAAUCUCAAUCGCGAUAAUGGGGCUGUGUAUUUUUAUACUCGGGCUCAUGAUCCUCGGAAUAGUCAUCCUGAAGCGCCGGCAGGAGAGGCAUGGAGCUCAAGAGAGGGACUCUUACGACGACCCGUCGUCGAUCGGAUUCCGGCUGCGGAGCAGGAUGAGCGGCGCCGAGCUAAGUGGCCGGAGACUCAACUCCUUCCGAAGAGUAACGGGCAGCAUGAGGAGGGGAGGGAAUAAUGGAAUGGGGGAUUUGGUAAUGGUGAACGAGGAGAAAGGCGAGUUUGGGCUGCAGGAUUUGAUGAAGGCGGCGGCGGAGGUGAUCGGAAAUGGGACGCUGAGUUCUUGCUAUAAGGCCACCAUGACAAAUGGCACGGCCGUGGUGGUGAAGAGAAUCAAAGAAAUGAACAAAAUCGGAAAAGAUGCGUUCGAUGUUGAACUCCGGCGUCUGGGAAGGUUACGGCACCGGAAUAUCUUACCCCCCUUGGGUUAUCACUUCCGGCAAGAUGAAAAGCUUUUGGUGUAUGAAUACAUGCCCAAAGGCAGCUUACUCUACGCACUACACGGUGAUCGUGGAAUUAUGCACUCGGAGUUAAGCUGGGCGAUUAGGUUAAAGAUUAUACGGGGAGUUGGGCGAGGAUUAGGUUAUCUCCACAACGAACUAACUUCAUCCCAGGCACCACAUGGGGAUCUGCAAUCCAACAAUAUUCUGUUGACGGAAGAUUACGAGGCGGUGCUCUCCGAUUACGGCUACGUUUCGCUGAUAAACACCGCACAGGCCGCGCAAGCACUCUUGGCGUUCAGGUCACCGGAGGGGCUGCAGUACAACAAGGUGUCGCCCAAAUCGGACGUGUAUUGCCUCGGAAUCGUCAUCCUGGAAGUCGUCACCGGCAAGUUCCCGUCGCAGUAUCUGAACAACGGCAACGGCGGAACGGACGUGGUUCAGUGGGUGAAUUCGGCGAUCGCGGAGGGGAGAGAAGCGGAGGUGUUCGAUCCGGAGAUUGCGGGCUCGGAAUCCACUUCUGUUCAGAUGCGGCAGCUUCUGCACAUCGGCGUCGCUUGCGCGGAGAGUAAUCCGGACCAGCGGAUAGCCCUUUGGGAAGCCAUUAGGAGAAUAGAGGAAAUUCCGACGACGAGCGGCGGCGGAGAAGGAGUGCCGGAGACGAGAACGGCGGAGGCGAUGCCGUCCCUGCGAGAUGGAUAUGCGGAUCAAAUUGAAGAAGGUCGAGGCGUCACCGUCGCCGUCGUCCGCGACGGCGCUGAAGUAAGGUAGUGAGUGGAUCGGAAACCGUAGCGUUAAUUAGCUUUGCUUUAAUUAGACGAUUCUUAGUUUAAGCUGAAA